AGCUGCCUAGGACAUCCCAGAUUUCGACCGGUCAGGGAGAGCUCAAAGCGCACAGGAUUUGACAGAUGUUCGAAUCGGACAAACUGCACCGCAAAGAGAGAAUUGGGGAGCAUUUCGGAUUUACAUAGUGGUAGCCUAUAUGCGACAAAAUGUCUGGACAAAAGAGUGCGAAUCCGUGUAAUAAAUUCCAAGCGAACAUUUUUUAUAAAAGUAAAUGUCAGAACUGCUUCAAGUCUCGGGAGCUGCAUCUUCCAACUGAUCAUGGUAAGGACCAGGCCAAACCCAUCUAUGGAGGCUGGCUCUGCUUGGCUGCUGAGGGGACAGACUUUGACACAAUUCAGAGGUCAAGGAAAUGGCAGCGACGAUUCUUCAUCCUGUAUGAACAUGGCAGCAUGAGCUUUGCACUGGACGAGUUGACAAGCACUCUGCCACAAGGAACAGUGAACAUGAAUCUGUGUACAGCGGUGAUUGACGCAGAGCCUAAGACAGGCCAGAGGAACGCUUUGUGCAUCAUCACACCUGAACAGGAGUUCUUUAUCCGGGGGGAGAACAAGGAGAUCAUCAAUGGCUGGAGUGAACAACUAGUCGUUUACCCACGGACCUAUAAGCAGAAUCAGAAGAAGAAACGUAAAGUAGAACCCACUACUUCCCAGGAGCCCAGCCCAGCAAAGAUGGCUGCCACUGAGCCCAGUUUCUCAGUCAUGAAAAGUGGUGACCCUCGUCUGUGGCAGGGAGAGCGGCCCAGUGGGGGUCCGGAUGUGGCCCCUGUCUGGACUGUGACAGAUACUGAUCCCCUGGGCCUGGACGAGACCCCUGCAGCCUCCCUGACCUUUGACGGUAGUCUGCGGCUCUCCAACGGCUCCUGUAUCAGUAGCUCUGUGAGUUCCCUGGACUUUGUGGCCAGCAAGGGGACUGACACCAGCAGCGACAGCCAGCCCACAGAGCCUACGCCAUACAGAGACCACCCACCGGCCAACAAGAACAACAGGGCAGAGAGAAGCUGCUACAAUGAGCCAGGGAAGGAUGGGAGGAGUGCUGUGGGAGAGGACCUGGGUCAGGCUGGAUCCAGGAAGGGGAGGAGUGAAGCUCGCAGCAACCAGAGAGAGAAACUGCAGUCGUGUGGAGAUCUAAGCCCAGGUCAACUCACCGUCCCUCCUCCUCAGAGAAGAGCUAAGUCACUGGACCGCAGGACCUCAGAGUCUGUCAUGACUCCUGAUUUGCUGAACUUCAAGAAAGGGUGGAUGAUGAAACUGGAUAAGGAGGAUCAGUGGAGGAAAUACUGGUUUGUGCUGUCAGCUGACAGUCUGAGGUACUACAAGGAUUCCUUCGCAGAGGAGAACUCAGAUCUGGAGGGGGAGAUUGAUUUGACCAAGUGUCAUAAUGUCUCAGAGCACCAGGUCCAGAGGAACUACGGCUUUCAGAUCCAUACCCAGAAGUGUGUCUUUACUCUGUCAGCCAUGACUGCAGGGAUACGGAGAAACUGGAUCCAGGCCCUCAUGAAGAAUGUCCAUCCAUCUAACGCUCCUGAUGUAGCCAGCAGCUUGCAAGUCCAUCACGUCCCUUGCAGCCCAUCAGAGUCACUGCCCCUCCCUAAGCCAGACGUGACCCAGGACUCCUCCCCCUCCUCUGAGGUCCCUACAGAGAGAGUCCAGGGGCCCAAACAGAGCCGCAUCCGUGAGAGGAGACGCGAAGGGCGCUCCAAGACCUUUGACUGGGCUGAGUUCAGCCCUAUGGCCCUGCUAGCCCCUGAGCAGGAGGUGCAGCAGGAGACAAAGGAGCCUCUUCGGAUGGAGGUAGGGGACCUGGAGAGGAAGAGGAGGCGAGAGGAGAGGAGGAGGAGGUAUGACAGCAUGCUCGGCUUCCUUGUGGGCUGGGAGAUGGACUGUGACAGAGGAGGUAUCAGUCCCAGGUCACCCAGGACUCACCAGAGGGUGCAGAGGGAGAUUGAACAGUGCUGGCAGCAGGUGGAAAGGACUGCCUUUAGACAGGAGAAGACUGUUCCAUUGUACACUGAGUCCCAGGGCAAGGAUAAAGAGGAUAUGGGGAUUCUACUGGAGACCUACCACAGGAGGGUAGAAGAGUUGAAGGGCCAGUUGGCAGAGUCAGACCAACGCAGGCUUGAGCUGGAGGCUCAUUUGAGCACUGCAUUAGGACUCCAGCAUCAUGCCUCCCUGCCGCUUGAGGCCCCAAUGUGCCCAGAAGCUGAUCUUCCCUCUUUGAAAAGCCUGACGGACAUGUACAGGGAGACCAGAGAGCUCCUCCAGCAACAGGAGCUGAAGAAACAGGACAUACAGGAGCAGCUCCAGAAGCAGCUUGGCCUGGCCCUGUCAUCGGCCCCUCUGGAGAAACACAGCUCCCCUGGAACUCACCCAUCACCACCACCCAGCAUCUGGCUACAUGACACCGAGGGAAACCUCCAGGGGCUGGAGGAUCUGUUCCCUGACUGCCCUAUAUCAGUAAACACACCUGUCAUGUCACCAACCUCAGACACAGAACUCUCAUCCUACUCUGUGCCGCAGAAUGGAAGUGAGAACAGAGGGCCUAACUUGGGCAGUGAAACUAGCUCUCAGACACAGUUUGAAAAUGGAUGCCAUCAACAGACAUCGAUUCCAGAAUCGCACACAAAAAGUUGUGCAUGGAGCCCAGAUUCACUGAGCAUGGGGGAAACUCAGGAAAGAGCCAACAGCGUGAGAAUAGACAACCUACUAUGCUGUGAGACACCCAGACCCACGGAGGAGUACGUAGACCCAGACCAGGCCAUCGUGAUGAGGAGACUAUCCCAGGAGGUAGAGCUGCUCAGCAUCCAGAACGAGGCCCUCAACCAGCGCAACCAGGAGAUGCUCAACCAGCUGACAGAGGCAGACAGAGAGAUAGAGAGACUGAAAGCAGAGCUUAUCACUCAGUACAAUGGACCUCAGUUCCUUCCUGAGGCAGAGCAGCACAGCCAGGCCAAAGUGAAAGGCCUGGAGAAGGAGCUGCGCAGGAAGAGAUCUACACAAGAGCCAAUUUCAAGAGACUCAACAGGGACUGCUCAUUGCUUCUUCUCCUUUGAUGUGCAGCAGAUGUGCUGGGCAGCUUGGGGCCAGACAGCCAGACCUGGAGAGACAGGGGUGUUCCUCAGUGGGAUUUGGGUUGACCCCCUGAGGCAGGGUGAACACAUAGACUCACAGCAAACAGCCACACAGCUACUAGACACUGCAAGUGAGCAGAAGACAAAGAUGCCUGCAAUGAAUGCUGCAGGUAAAAUGGAGGUGGAAAGCCCAAACCAGGGAGUGACUGCAGUAGAGGAAGUGUGCUGGGUUAGAAGGUGUGCAGAGGUGGUGGAGGGUGACUUCCUGACCAACAGCAUUGAGAGUUCAAAGAUAAAGGUAGAGAGUAGGGUAGAUGAGGUAGAGAGUAGGGUAGAUGAGGUAGAGAAAGGAAUCCAGGAAGUUGAUACUGAUAAGGAUGUAGAGGAGAGGAGCACUACUGAACCCCAUGAAGAAGCAAACACUCUGGGGGAGGAGGAGCUGGAGAUUGUGUUAUCAUCACUGAGAGGUCAUGUGAAGGAUCUGGAGGAACAGCUGUCUGUCAUGGCCAACAUGAAAGCAGAGCAUGAUGGGAGAAUGGCAUCUCUCCAGCUGAAACAUAAGGAGGACAUAGAAAAGCUGAAGGCCACAUAUGAGCAUGGCUUUGUCACCAUGGAGGAGUCCCAGCAGAGGAUCGUGGGGGAACUGCAGCACAGACACCAGCAGGACCUGCAGCGCCUGCAGUUAGACACAGACAGACUGCUGGAGGAGGAGACGGCUGCUACUAUCACAGCAAUUGAAGCAAUGAAGAACGCUCACCGUGCCGAAGUCAAGAGAGAGAUACAGAGGGCAUGCCAUGAAAACAACAAUGCAGGAGAUGUGAAUCUUGGAGAAAUAUGCAGGCAACACAGUGAGGAGCUGGUCUCCUGUCACAGGGAGCUGGAGGUGUUGUCCCAGCAGUACUCUCUGAAGUGUCUGGAGAGCUCCCACCUGGGCCAGGCCCUGGAGGCAGAGAGACAGGCUCUGUGUCAGUGUCAGCAGGAGAACCAGGACCUCAGAACUCGCAACCAGGAGCUGAGUGGCCAUCUUGCUGCAGAGAUCACCAGACUUUGCUCUCUGGCCAAGCAGGACGCCUUCCCUCUUAGUCAGGAGAGAGAUGUGUAUGAGCUGGAGAUCUCCCUGCGUGUGAAGGAGUCAGAGGUACAGUGCCUCAAGCAGAAGAUCACCUCGCUCAAGGAUGAACUCCAGACAGCCCACAGGGAUAAGAGGUAUGUAACAGAGACGUACAAGGACAUCUACACAGAGCUAAGCAUCAUGAGAGCCAAGGCAGAGAGAGACCUGGGACAUCUCAGGGAGAACCUGAGGUUGGCCCACAAAGCACUAGGAGAGCUCUCACCUGCAGUGGACACAGAUAAUAAUGAGUGUCAAGGAAGAUAACUGCAGCUGAACAAAGAGACACAACGCACAACAUGGAUUGUUCAUCGGUCUAUCCAUGUUUACACCAUUUAGCACUUAGAGAUCCAAAGUUAUAUUGUCAAACAUUUUAUGUCCUAUCUACCGUUACUGUACUACAGAAUUUUAAAAGCGCAUUAUUUGAGGAUUCUGUAUUUUUACAUCAUUGUAUCUAAACGCACACUACUAUUUAGUCUGUCUACGUUUUGUUGACAGGCUAGACAUUUUGUAGACGUUUUCCUGACGACUAACAUUUAUCUCAAGAAGUUUGUAAAAUGUGUAGAAUUAUUAAACUGCUAUGUCCAAUCCAGUUAUUGAACGGGGAUAUUUCUAAAGACAACUCAGAUUAAGUUAGCUUUUCUUACCUGUGAAAUACAUGAACAAGUAUGAAUGUACCGUCUGAGUCUAUAAUGUAAAAGUAGUAUUUAUUUGUGAGUGGAUGGUUUUAUUUGGAGGCGUUUAUCUUGAUCCUGCUAGUACACAUUUUGAUGUUCUUUAUUCAUGUCAAGUAAUCUAAUGAUAAAUUAAAUGGAUUUAUUUUAAAAAA